UCGGGAGCGCGCCUCUGAGUGCAACAGCUGCACAGUGAGCGAGAUUUGCAAACAUUGAAAGCGAGCCUUUUUUUUUUUUUUUGGCCAGCGAACAAUUGGCUAACACAGCUACCGACAAAUACAAGUUAUUUAUCUGGAAAAGUUCUCCGUCUACAGGUCCGACAUUAGUGUUAUGUUAUGUUGCCUGUAUAUUCUGUAAUAACUUGCUGUAAUAGGUUGAGAAUACCUGACGAGUGGAAAUACUGGGAGGUGAGUGGGUUCUGCAUGCCAGGACAUAAUUCCUUUGCGUGAAUCACAAGAUAUCUGAAGAGAUUUUGCAUGUGAACACCUUCUGGUGGCAAGCUCUAACUAUUCUGCGUGGUUCAUCAUGAUGAAGCACUUUGAGGACCCACUUUUUUGGAGGCUUGUGUGAAGUCUGAUUGAUUGAUUGAUUGAUUGUUAAUCUCGUCUUUGUAAAAAGGAAUUCCACAUUUGUGUCUUUAAAGAAUUGUUACAUGAGAGCGCCUCACAGAGCCUGUAGUCUCAGUGCAUAUUUUCUGAAGGUGUUGAGUAAGGAUUGGCGUUGCCAUGCCUACGGACACAUUGAUUCCACAUGUAGAGAGUCCUGAUGGGCUAGGCCAUGACCUCCUCAACCACAGCAGUGCCACGAUGCCCAGCUCUGGCUCCAGCUCCAUUCUAACAGCCCAUGUGAGCCUGGCGGAGAAGGUCGACAUGCAGUCAGUGGUGCCGGGCGGCUCACCUCUGGCCUGCAUGUUCUGUGAGGAGACGUUUGAGCAUGAGGAUGAUCUUGGGCCGCACCUCCUCUCCCAGCACCCCACUACGUUCCAUGCCCCUGCCGUGCUCCGUGUCGAGGCCGAGUUCUUAACGCCCAGCGAGAGGAUUCACUCCAAAACAUGCCAAAAUGAGCCGAACGAGGAGCUCAGCUGUGAUGUAUGUGGCCAAGCCACUGAAAAUAUCACUGUCCUCGAGGCUCACAUGCGGAAGCAUAAGGACUCCUUCAUUUACUCGUGUAGCCUGUGUGGCAGGCGCUUCAAGGAGCCCUGGUUCCUCAAGAAUCACAUGAGGACCCAUGGCAAAUCCAAAUCCAGCAAGGGCCAGGACACUGAAGUACCCAUUUCUGUCAACGGCGUCGUCCAAGAUCGACCCGCAUCACCUGUGAUGACCUCUUACAAAAUGUGUAUGGUCUGUGGGUUUUUCUUCCUCAACAAGGAAGUGCUAGCAGAGCACAGCAAAGUGCACAAUCGAGAGCCGGAAGCUGAGGAGAGCGUGUGUGAUAAAAGCCAGCUGAAUCCAGAGGUGCCCGUCUCCCAGGAGUGCUUUCUUCAGUACGUUAAUUUACAGAGAACAUCUGAGAACACUGAGCAAAAAUGCCAACCCGGACGCUGGAUCUCACCGCUGGACCCAUUCAACACCUACCAGGCCUGGCAGUUGGCUACCAAAGGCAAGAUCGCAGCAGGGCCGAACCUGAGCAAAGAGCUCAAUGCCGACUCCAAUUCUGACAACGAGGAGUCCGGUUCAGACAAAGAGGAGCUCGGGUCGAUCUGGGACUCCAGCGGUGGUGAUAAACUGGUGAGACGGGGCCUGAGGACUGAGCUGAAGGCCAAACUCAGUGGUGCUGAUUUGGCAGAGCAGAAAAGUCUGAGUCUGCGCAAAGACAAGCCCACAGACUGCGAGGAGUGCGGCAAAACGUUCAGAACCUACCACCAGCUCGUCCUGCACUCCAGAGUUCACAAACGGGAAAGGGGAGGAGCUGAGAGCCCCACGACACCCGUAGACGGGAGGACUCCGAGCGUCAGCUCUGCCGGGAGUCCGUCACUGGAUCGCGCAGAAGAUGGCUUUGAAGACGGCUAUGAAGAAGGUGUACCUGCUGAAGCUUUUCAGUCAGAUAAAAUUGAAGAAGGCUCACACAAAAUGAAACUGAAAAUUCUUGCACCGAGGAAGUGUUGUUACUGUGGCAAGACAUUCCGCUCCAAUUAUUACCUCAAUAUUCAUCUCAGGACGCAUACAGGUGAAAAACCUUACAAAUGUGAAUACUGUGACUAUGCUGCAGCUCAGAAGACCUCUCUAAGGUAUCACCUGGACCGACGUCACAAAGACAAGCCUUAUACUGAGAUCCCCAACAUUCCAGUGACUGCACCUGCUGCUAACAGUGCCAAGGGUCAAGAGUCUCCGAACAACAUGGAUGACAAGCCCGCCUCAAAACCACCCAGCGUCGUGUGUGCAAGUGUGAAACAUGAAGCAGUACCCAGCCAGGCAGGCGUUGCCAUCACUAGCUCCGUCACCCACGUCAAAGAGGAGUGCGGCGACAUGGCCGCUACGACUCCUUACACUCCUCCUAAUAAUCUGCACGUAAACGGCCCUUUCCCAAUCAACCUGAAGGCAGAGGCGAAAGAAGCCUCCGAGGCACCGUUAAACCUCUCCUUCAAAGCAUCUCUGUCUUUAUCCGCUACCUCUGUACCUAGGAAUAUGUUACUGACUAACACCUGCACUUCCUGUCCUUAUGAAACCCUCUAUCCUGAAGUCCUGCUCAUGCACAGGAAGCUUCUACACAAGGAGAAGUCCGAUGCAAAAAAGAAUUCCUACAGACCCCCACUAAAGCUCAAGCGCUACACUGGGUGUCCCCCAGCACUUGAAGGAAAAGACGUAGCUCCUUUGGUCUACAUCAACCGGAAACAUCCUCGCCGGACCAAAUCCCCAAUGCCCCAACCUGGAAAAUCUUCCAGAUCUCUUCAGGACACGUACAGGACUCCUCCAGGAAUUGGUCCAAAGAAACCAGAAAUUUCAAAGAUGUCCCCUGCAAAAGAGACCUGGAGAGAGCAGCAGAAAGCAACCCAGAGGUUCAAGGCUGCCGAAUCGGUCAUAAGCGUCCAAACCAGGUUUCCAGACUCUGUGGCUGAAACGAACAGGAAAUUUAACUCUCCUGUAGUCUCGCAGAAGCCCACUCCAGUUAAAAACGGCAUCCACUGGCCCUCGGAAGCAAACCGGCUAUGUCUGUCCGAUCGAUUCAGGAACCUGGCGCAAACGGACUUGGGGGAACCCUCCAGCAAGAGGUCACGACCUUCUGAGCCUCUGCAGGGUGCAGGGAGAAUCGCGGAGCUCCCCUCGGACAGUCACAGGAACGUGAAAAAUUUCCUGCCCUUGGCUCCUGUCCGUGUGGCACCCUCAGGAUCGAGGAGUAGCAUGGACGCUGACUGGAAUGUAAUGAAUCUGCUGCGCACGUACGCGCCCAGUGAGCUGGCAUCGCUCUACCAACCUGCUAUCCCAGGCUCCAGUCAUGCUGUGACUGGAAAUUCGUCUGCUGCUGGGAGCAGGGCUCUGCCCUUCUCACAUUACCCUGGUAACAUUCUUCAGCGGAGAAGCCAUCCCAACCCUCCUGACACCACUUCUUAACAUGGUUUGGACGAACCCAGCCAUGGGAACUGUGACUGGAAGACAAGUUUACUCCUGACACUACUUCUCGAGACAGCCAUGCAACCAGGAUGUGAUUAUUAAGGCUGUGUGGGGGUUUCGUUUGUUAUCUCGACCUUGGCUGACUGAGCUCAGAACUUGGCCUUGAACAGUGUUGCGUUUUACAUGUCAUAACGUUCCAGUAUAUCAAUGGCGUACAGAUGUGGUAUUGCACUUAACGCAAAACACACCGCAUCAUCAUGCACUCCAGUUUACUGUAAAAGUUUGACACAUUUCAAAAUCAAAUGCUUUUUAGGGCAGAACAAUAUCACAUCGAAUAAGUGCCUCUUCUACUUGAUCUAAAUGCUGUUACACAAAGGUACGAUAGACCAAAUAAACUUGACCCAUGUUCAGUUCAGAUGGAUAAACUUUUUUUUUUUUGUAUUUUUGCAAAUGUUAAGACAUUUCUUCUAUUUAGGCUGCGCUGAAAAAGGGUCGACUUUACGCCAUGCAGCUUCUGGCAGUUUUUGAUCUUGCAGUUAAAGUGUUUCAGUUGUACCCAAUUUUGUGCAAAUCGGAGCUGCUGUGGAUUUUUUUUUUUUUGUCUCAAAACUGAGGCACGCAAAAUAAUGGUGACGUACUGUGUACUUUUUCUUCGUAUGGGGACUUGGCUUGGAACCUCUCACUGUGACGCGCAGACAUGACGACCUCCGGUCUGGUGGAUGAUAGAACUGUGAUUGAACUCUGUACGCGGCUUCCAUUGUUGAUCUGAUGUUAAAUUCUCACACUUUUUUUUCGAUUUAUAUCCUUUGUUUUUGUGAUUUAAGGAUAUAUAUAUUUAUUUUUCUAGCGAAUGUCCUGGUCUAUCUGUUUUCUAGUCAGUUGUGUGGGAAACAAUAGCGGAUGCAAUUUUAUGGCAUUCUCCAAGCCUGUGAUAGUGGCUUAUUUACUGACCAAUUUGUGUUAUGGUCUGCUGUUCAGAAACUCCACCUACCCUACUAUUGUAUUGUUUCGUGGCACCAGAAUGUUAAUUUAUUUGCUGAUAUUUAGGGGCUUGUGUGAGCUGCUUCAGAUAAACUUGAAAUGUUUUUUUGUUUCGGCGGUUCACCUCACCUUUCUCUUUGUGCUUUAUUAUUUUAUUCCCCACCCGCACACUGCUGUCGAUGUUUACCAUACUGGCUCAGAAUAAUAUUUGAGUGUUUAACUUCUGUUGUAUCUCAGUAUUGGAUUCUCUCAGUGUUUAAUAUUUGGUUUCUGCUUAGCAAAGGUGGAUACGUCAUUGAUAUGCGCCGUGUGUUUUGAUGAUUCUACUAAUUGUUAUUUUUAUUCUUCUGCACUUUCACGAUUUUUUUAUUUUUUUUUUGGUAAGCUUAGUUGGAGCAGUUUUGGCCUCCCCCGGUUCAACACCGUGCGCUGAGCUGAGUAGAGCAGCGCUGUGCAAAUGCAAUAAACACCUCAGAAUUCCUCCAGACUUCAGUUAUACAGGAAAACAUACAAACCUAAUAAUGAGCACUGCAGCAAAGUGUUCAGCUCUGUUCUCCAGUACGUUCUGUUUGGCCUCUCACUUUUCGACACCUCAUGAGACUUGAGUGUAUUUUCUGACUGUUCACAUGCAGAAUAAAGUGGUGUUAGCGGACA